CCACUUUAUUCAUUCAUGAACUAAUAUAAAGUCUACGAAGGUUUGAAUGGACCAUUGCCAUUCUUCAUCGAUUUUUUUAUAAAAGAAUUACGGAAAUAUUAAGAAAACACAACCUUGAAAUGUAUUUUGUAGCCUAGAAGAACACUGUAAAUGGCUGUUAGGCACCCUAAAGUUAAAAAUGACCCGAUUUAAUCUUAAUUAAAGUCUAAGUAGAAUCCUCUCCUUCGACUUCAUUUUGUCUUGUGACAAACACAUGACCACUCGAGUCAAAUAUUGUCAUCGCUUAGUAACCUGGGACGUGGAAUCGAAGUUGGUGAGGGAGCGGCCUUGAAAUAGCAGCAUUUUAGAACAAUGGAGACCUUGUCGCUCAUUAUGAAGGCGGUCUUGUUGUGGUUGGGUCUGUGCACUCGUUUUGUGUCUGUGAGGACGACGGCGCCGGCUCCCGAACGAAUGUGUCCUCAACAUCAAAGGACUGACCCAAACGAUGUGAACGAGAGAAUAAAAAAGUUAUCGGGGCAAAAGUGAGUUGUGAACACGUUAUCACUUUUACUUCGCUUUCUUUCUCGAUUUUAGAAGUAUCCUUCGAAAGAAACUAUGCAAACUGGGAGUUGUGCCUUGAAGGAAGUUAGAUUUAUAUUUAAGUCAUUAUAUUCGGGCAAAAGGAGGAGUUGACACGUGUUAAAAUGACGUCUAGUUUAAUAAUAUUUAACUUAAAAUUACAAGUUUUGUCAUUUCUGUUUAAAAGUCAUCUAAGCUAAAGAGGAAUUUAGUAUUAUGUUACAGUCAAGUGUACGGCAAAAUUGCGAAAAUUUUCGAUAAAUUUGCUCAAUAAUUGGGAGGAAAUUCGUAUACGACGCUAAACAUACUGCAGGCAGCUGUGAAACCGAAAUUGGAAGCCAUUUCAAUGUUGCAUUGCCUUGCAAUUUGUCACGCAAUAUAUAAGAAACAUGUUACUUUUCAUUCCCUUCCUCAAGAAUAUGAACAACUGAAACUAUUUUGAUGACUCAAACACCCAUACACUAAAUCUGAUUUAACACCUUAACUCCAUUGAGUUUCUUGCGCGACAAUAUUACCAUUUAAUUAUAUAAUUGCUGUAGUUAAAAUUUCAUUACUGUAAUAAAAUUUUAAUUAACUGUGAAUAAAACUCGGCAAAAUGUUUUUUGAUCAGUCGGAAUUUUAACUGCAAGUUAAGAGAUUUAGUAGCUGAUUGAAUACAGAUUGAUGUGAAUCUGUCCCCUUGGAAGAGUUGAUGUUUUUACAUUUUAACAACAUCAUAUUAUGCCAAAUGUUUAUAAGAAUAAAAUGCAUUCACUGUGGGAAGCUUCAUUCCUGUAGAUCAUAGAAAUUUCACUCCAGUUGCAAUAAGUGAGAUAUUCUGUACAAUAAAGAGUAGAACCUAGUGAAUAAACUGUUAUGGUAUAAUAUCACCAGCAGAAAGAAUACAAAAUCCCUAUUAACCCAAUUUUUUUUUCCCAAUGUCUCAAGUUACAAGUAAUUAUUAUGAAGAAGCAGCUGCCAUAGAUUUAAUAACAAUAAUGAUCCUUUUUAAACUUACUUAACCCCAUUACAGACUGUAACUUAGUUCACCUGACACAAACUCACCAUUAUACAUAUACAGUAUACUACCUCCAAAUGUUCCAACAUACAGUUUUUGUAUUUUUCCAAAAAACUGAGCUUGCACAAGUGUUUGUCACAUUUAUAUCAGAUCUCAAAUUGUUUUUACUGUUUUAUGCUUAACGGUUAACAAGUGAGUUUUUGUUUUUUAGGAUUUACUAUGCAAACGAUGAUGACUAUUCAUAUAAAAUAUCAAUCUGUAAGCAAGGUGCUUCAGACACCGCUGCAGUUCAGCAACAUGGCGUGAAGUGGAAAGAAUCAAAUUGGAAGAUAAUAGGAACCUUCAAUGGUGCCCAUGUUACUGGAGGAAGUAAGUCAUGUGAUCAAAACUUAAUACAUGCAUAAUUGUGUAUAAACAUCAGAGCACAGAUAAAGUACACAGAUUUUAACCCUUUUCCUCACUUUGUGACCAAGACAGAGUUUUUCAUUUUCAUAACAUUACAAAAUCAAGCAGAUAAGUGAUGAGAAUAAAGAAAAUAUCUAUUAGAGGAUUUUUAUCAUUAUUUGAACUUUAACAAUAAAUGUAAAAUUUCAUUUUCUCAGCGGACUGGCUGAUGAUAAAAUACUUCCAUGGAGAGAAGUAUACCCACCACUGCAAAGGCUUAGAAAGAAUUAGUAUUGUGUUAAUGACAUGUGACCCAGGGGUUGAGAGGGUGAGUGAAUUAUUACUUAUUGUGGCUGAUAGGGCUUGGUUGAUAACGAAUACUUAUCAGAUGGCUGACAGCACCCGUAGGCAAGAUGAAGUGAAUCUUGUGUUCUGAUUAGCCAAUGGGUGGACAAGAUGAUUGCCUGCUUUGAUCAUAUACAUGACAAAAUUAUUAAAUAAUUGAAUUAUUCUCCAAAGUAGGAAUCUUAUAUAUUUUCUAGGUCAAUACUUCUGAAAUUGCCAAAUUUAUGUUUUAUUGUAAAAACAACUUAUUGCCCACAUUGCUUCUCAAUCUUUUUGUAAAAUUCACAAUUAUGGUACCAGAAGAGCCUGUAAUUAUUGAACACACUUGUGCCGUACAAAUCUCUAGCAAUUUAUAAUACUCUACCAAGGUCCUAAAAUUUGGAACAGUUAGACAAAAGUGCAAGAGUUUUAACUUAAAUAAAGUUGCACAUUUGCAACACUUUUUCCUUACUUAAUUUAUGAUUGUAAGGGCUCGGCCAUAAGCCCAGUGGCUUCCUGGGUCUCCUUGCCUUCUAGCUGUUAGCGCUGUAAAUAAAUUUUUGUGUUGUUAAAAUAAGGCAAAUAAAGUUGAUGAUGAUGAUGAUGAUUGGACAGCACUCUCUAGAAGAUAAGGAUUUCUUUCUGGUGACCAUUUUAAUCAGCUCUGUAGUUUAAAAAAAAUGAACUUUAAUCUACAGUAUGAGGAAAAAAUUUGUGCCAGGUUUUGUUUUUUUUGUGCUUCCUCUGGGCAGAAAUAAUGUUUUUGCUUGCAAAAAAGAAUCUAUUAGUUUUUUUUGUCUCUACAGUACUGCUCAGAUGUACGUUGACUACACAGACACAUUUCAUAUGCAUUUGAUAUGUACAUCGUGGAAAGAUUGAAUUAUGAGGGUACUAUAAAAAUGAACUUAAAUUUUCAGGAGAAGAAAAUUGUCUGUGUUAGUAAUUUUGGUUUUUGCUUCCUCUGUGGAUAGAUAACAUGUGCAGCUGUAUUAACUUGGAAAAAAAUCUUUAUGUUUUGUUUGCCUCUAAAUCCAGGAAAGAUUGGAUUUUAUAAUUUUUUUUUUCCAGGGAACCAUGCGUGUCAUUGAAGAAUAUAGGAACCAAAGUAGACUAGAAGAUCUAGAAAACCCACUGGAAUGUUACUACCUGUUUGAACUUAAUAAUGAUGCAGCAUGCACAGCGAAGCCAAAGCACUUAAGUGCUGGAUACAUUAUGGUGAUAAUGUAAGUAUUGCACUUUUUGACAAAGCUUGCUUACUUUUUUCUGAAUUACACAGUAGUCAUGUAAUUAUUAACUACAGUAGAACCCAGCUUACUCAAAUUCUUAAGGGAAAUGGAAAAUGGUGCAAGUUAAUCAAGUUGGAGUUAUAGUAAGUUGUCAAUAACUGAUAGUAAACGUCUGGAAUGGGUCAAAUCUGAGGGAACUUGGAUCUUGUCUGUGUUAGCAGGGGUUUAAGUUAACCUGGUUGGAGAUUGUAGGGUUUUACUGUUUAUCUGCAGCAAAGAAAAUUAAGAAAUUAGGAUGACAUGGGUGCACAAUUUCACAAUGUUGGUGGGCUUGCUUACUCUCAUUGAAUUACGCCUAACUUAUUAACUACAGUUCUGUAGAACCUUGCUAACUUGAACACUGAAGGGAAACAAAAAGUGGUUUGAGUUAUUCAAGGUUAAGUUACUGUUUGUAGGUGAUGGUUAAUUACUGGAAAAAUGGGGUCAAUUCUGAAUGAACUUGGAUCUUUUCUGAGUUAGCAGAGUUUGAGUUACACUGUAACCAGGUUGGAGUAGAACUGGUUAGAAUUCUUAGGGUUCCACUGUACUGUGCAUCAGAGAAAAUCAAGAAAUUAGAUUGACACAAAUGCAAAAUUUAAAGGGAGAAUUUUUUGGGAGCUAAAAAUUACUUUUUCUGGGGUGGGGUGCAGUGUGGAUGUCAAAAAAAAAAAAAAAAAAAAAAAAAAAGAGUCAGAGUGUCCCCUCCCCAGAGUACUUUUGUUUGCUCUGAUUUGCCAAUAAAAGCCAAUCUGAGUUUGAAUCUCAACAAUUUAAAUUAAAGAAAUAAACCUCUAAGGAAAAAUCAAGAACUUACUUACAAGCUUUUUUUGAAAUUAAACCAAUUAAAUAACCCAUUGACAAUAACUUUUUCUUCAUUGCAGAUUGAUCGUUGUGGGCUCCAUUUUCAUAAUUCUUGGUUUCUUGUACCAAAGAUUUAAGGUUAGUGCUAAAGGAAUGGAGCAGAUACCUAACUACAACUUUUGGAAAGACUGUGGAAGUCGGCAAGCUGUAAGUUUUUCUCUUUUUUCAAACUAUCUACAAUGGUUAAAGGGGGUAAGUUUCUAAAGAAACUGUGGUGCUGUGUCAGUGAGAGAGUAUAACAGGGUAAUUUAGUGUUAUUGACUGAGUUGAUAACAUAAAUUGGCCUCUGUAAAGAGUUAAAAGAUUGAUGUUUCGAGUGUUAGCCCUUCAUCAGAGUGAUUGGAGGAAUUGUGGGUUGUGUGUGGGUUUAAACCAUUUAGUUAAUAACACUCAGUUACCUUAUCUACAAUGGUGUUAGUGCGUAAUGGUUUUGAGACACAGUGGAAGUUGGCUUAGUCUUUUUUUCUUGCCAUUUGAGAGAGAUUUUGUGUUGAGUGAUUAGUCAAAUAAGAGUUUUCUUGUUGAUCUGUGUAGGUCAGAAGACUUCUUUGUAAAUGAACACAAAGUUAAACAAAUUGCAUCCAAACUUCCUCAAAAUCAAAAUUUUUUUUUUUUACUUUAAUUUGUUUUUUGUUUUGGUUUGUUUCUUUUCUGUGGGAAAACAACUAAAUAGUCAAUCCAAAUUAGCAGAUAGCAUGUCUCAAAUGGCUCUCAUCCUAUGAAGGCAAAAUACUUUAUUUCUCAGUGUGUGGUGACUUGUCUCUGGGAAAAUUUUCCUAUUUCUUUAAGUUCAAAUUACCUUCAGUGGUGUGAUUCUAAGUACUGUUUUAAAUUUUGCUUUCUUUUCCCAGGAUGGAUGUAAUUUUAUGUGUCGGCGUUCAGAGUCACGCCCAACAAGAUACAAGGUGGGCUGUCAAAGUGAAAUCCUAUGUCUCAAUUAUAUAAAUGGUUCAAGGCACAAAGGCAUAGUUAGCAGUAUUCUGUAACAAACAAUCUCUCUGCACAAGCUGGAGUGAGGUCACACUGCCAGAGGUCCCCAUUGGGUCAUAUACUUUUCUUUUUUUCUUCAUAAUGCAGGCAAGCCAUUUCAAAAAUCACAUGACAGCAAACACUUUGGGACAAACCACAUAAUGUCACCAAUAUCAGAAUCCCUCUUUUGUUAUAAAUCUAAAACACCAUUUAAAGUUAAACAAAGGGUAAAACAAACCUCAGCAAACCUCUCCCUGACUUGUCUCAAACAUUUCUGAAGCCAGAGAAAUGCAUGUCUUGCAGGGCUAAUAGUAAUCCAGGCCUGCUUAAAGGCUAGGAAGUUUAGUCUUGUAAGUGUCUCUUUCUGCUGAGGAAAUGGAACCCUCUGGUGGUAAUGCUGUGUUGGGGGGGAGGGGGGAGAGGGAGGGAUAGUCAGACAGGAGGUACCCCACCGUAGUGAAGUUUCCCACCCAAUGGGGAAGUGGGGUGAAGGGGGUAAGUUUCUGAAGAAACUGUGGUGCUGUGUCAGUGGGAGAGUACAACAGGGUAAUUUGGUUUUAUCAACUGAGUUGAUAACGUAAAUUGGCCACUGUAAAGAGUUACAAAACUGAUGUUCCAACCAUUAGCCCUUCGUUAUAGUGAAUGGCAAUCCCAUUUGCUCUGAGGAAGGGCUAAUGCUCAGGAGUGGGGUAAGCCUAUUUCUCAGUGCUUUACCAGCAUGGCCAGCAAUCUGUUUCAGGGGAAUAAGCUUGUCCCAGGCAUUAGGUAUCUUCAAAUUCUGUAAUUGUCUAGAAAAUACUGCCACCUUCUUAACCAAUGAGAUGGAACCCCAAUUGCAACUUGGUUGCUAGCAUUUUCCUGCACUUCAGGUCAUUUCCUUGUUUCUUUCCUAGUUUUCAUUUGCUCCUAGGAAUAUUUCCCUUUGUUCUGAUUGGCCAUUCUGAUUACUGUGGUUUUGGUUGUACAACACUAAUCGAAAUGUACUUUUUGCCAAGGGAAAGUGGCACAAGUUCCAGCCAGAUGGGGCAUUAAGCUCGUAACAUGACCAUGAACCUUAAGGCUCAUGUGUGUGAUUUUGUAUUCUGAUUUAAGUAUUGUUAAAUUUAAUUUUUUUUUUCUCUUAGGCAAUGGAUGAUGCCUUAGUAGAUGAUGACAGUGAUGAUACGUUGCUUCCAAUGUAGAGACUUUGUUUAAAUACUUCAUAUAAGUCACAUAGUUUUGUGUGUACAUCUAAAUGUACUGAGUUUUCAAAACCAUGGAGAUAAUCCUCGCCUUCUGUCAUUUGGAUAUAAUGAUAUGUUGUGGAAAAUAAGGGAGAGGAAGAGAUGUCCUUGAUUUGUAGUAGGAUCUGCUUAUCAAAUUGUGAAAUUGCAUGUUCAUGUAGCUAUCUUUUUUCAAAGCUAAAACUUUUUUUUUUUUAUAUUUUAUCGUGUUUUUCCAUUUUCCAUUUUUAAAAAAAAAAAAUUACAGCAGUAUAAAGUAAAUAAAAUUGUAUAAGGUCAGUAAAUAAAUAAAUAAAUAAAUAAACAGAAAUAUUAAUACAAGGCUACCCAAGGUAGAGUUAUUUCAGCUGAGGGAUUGUAAAAGUUUUUCCCAUUUCAUUAAGUGCAGGUUUAGUUUUUUCUUUUCUUUAGUUAGGUAUUAAUUCUUCUAUUCUAAAAAUUUUUUUAAGGUGCGCGAGGAAGAUAAUAAAGCUUGGGGUAAUAGAUUUCUGUCUGCAGAGAAAGAUGGUCUGCUUUGCUAUUAACAUGAUGUGAUUUAAAAGCAUAAAGUGAUUAUUGGCAUCAAAUAAGCCAAACAUAAUAUUAAUUUGAUCUGUUAGAUCAGGAAGCGUUUCAAUACCGCAUUCAUGUAACCAACUAGAGAUUUCUUUCCAGAAAGCUCUAGAGUGUUCACAAAAAACAAAAAGAUGUUCAAGGGUUUCCUUGUUCUUAUCACAGAAUGAGCAUAAAGGUGACUCAACCAGUUUAAGCUUAAAUAGUUUAUAGUUAGUAAAUAAUAUUCUAUUUAAGAUUUUGUACUGAAAAUCUCUCAUAUAUGUAUCUAACGUGACCUGGAAAGGCAAACUGUAAAUCUUAUUCCACACGAGCUCAGAAUUGUGAAGCAUUUCAUUAUAUCUCAACUGUGCUGUGGGGGUUUCACGCAAAUCAGACAUAUGUGCUUCGUAAAACGUUUUGGUGUCCAUUUCUGAUAAAGACACUUUAACAGAAUUUAAAACCAAGUUAUAAUCCUGAGGGUCGAAAGGGGGAGUGUGUGGUAUCGCCUUAGAUUUUAGCUCUUUCUUCCAAUUGACAGGAAUAGCGUCUAUUAACCCAUGCCAGGAGAGGGGGUUCCUGGGUUGGAUAUUCUUGGACUGUAAGUCAGACAACGUAUGAAAAUGCCCAUUUGACUUCACCAUGUCACAAAUUUUAUGCAAUCCAGCCUCAACAAAUACUACUGCCUGAAAAGGAGAACACUGAACUAAACAAGUUCUUAACUGUUUAUCAGCACCUCAUAAGAAUUGGGUAGAGAGAAGUAAAGAGAAAAUACACACUGAUUUUGUGGUGUAAAGGGUUAAAUAGUUUUUGAUUGAGUGUUAAUUGAGUUGUCACAACUUACAGCUAAUCAUAAUUAAGAAAAAAUAUUAUAGGAAGGCAAUGGGAAUUUUAAGUAAAAAAUGAACAAUUUGCCUGAGGUGCAGAUGAGAAAACAUGGGUGACUUAGUCUGGAUUGGUUUUAAUUUUGAACCUGAUGGUUGAGAGGCUAAUGAAAAUUGUCUACUCUUAUCAUAAGAACAAAGGUAAUCUGCAAUUACUUUUGACACUCAAUUGAGAGCAUUAAAAGUUAUUUGCAAAUACAAAGGACCUCUUGCAAGUCAAAAGAUUAAACAAUCUCAAGAAGCUGUCUGAGUUUCAUUCACAAAUACUGUUGUGUUGAAGAGUUCUACUCUAAAGAGGAGGUUUGAAUAUUUUACAAGUAGAAAUGCAGUUAGAUGAAGGUUUGUGUGAAAGACAACAAACACUUAUCCAGAAUAAAAAAGGUUAUUAGCUUUCUUUAUGUCCAGAGUGAAAAAGUCAUUUGUAACUCUGUCAAGUCUUUUGAUGCUAGCACAAGUCAAACCUAGUGACUGAGAAAAAUACAGA